CUUCAGUCGGUGUCGUCUGUACGUCCGAUAGGUUCGGCUAAAAUAACGAAAGUUCGUGUGAGUUGGUGUGCAUAAUGCAUCCUGUGUUGGAAUAUUUAUCUAACGUUAACAAUAACUAUAAUAGAGAGUAUGAAGAAGACUUAUAUGAUGAAAGUAUUGCAACAUCGAGCAUCUUAUCUACUUUUCCAGGAGUUAAUAUAACAAGAGUAACAACUGUUCAUAACAAUUAUCUCCACGGAAUGUACGAGCUUAAAAAAUUAGAGUACGAAUCCAGAUAUGGUUCUGUUCAAGAGUUAACUCUUGUCCACUCUACCAGCGCUCGGAAUGUACAAUCAAUCAUUGAAGACAACUUGGACUGGCGACGCGUUGUAAGAGGCAAAUAUGGCGACGGUGUUAGCUUCUCUGGGAGUGCUGGCUACGCCAACCGCUUUUCCAACCGUAACAACGGCUAUGAAAGAGCGUUUAUCGUAGCAACAGUGCUGGUAUCAAGAGAAAUGGAACUUGAUGGAUAUACCAGCAUGGAAGUUCCUCCUGAUGACGUGGACACCACAACUGGCAACGACGGGCAGGUGUAUGUAAAGUAUUGUGACAAUGAGUUUUUGAUUAAAUAUAUCGUAUACUACCGGUACCAAUUGUAAUGAGGUUAGUCCUACAAAAUAGAGCCGAUUCAGAGAAUCACUCAAAUUAAUGAUCUGUUAUACACAUUCUUCUAUAUGUAGUAGUUCAGUAUUGUAGGUUUGGAGAAGCUCUGAACAAUGUUUGCAUUGGUAAUAGAAAUUUUAUGUCAUCAGAAUGAGUCAAAAUUUGUAUGUAUUUGAAAUGUGUGUUAACAUCAAUAAGACUUUGUAUGAAGAUAGUAACUUCAUAUUGCAUUUUGAUUUGUUAAUUUUAAGCAAAUUUUUGCUGCACUUUAACAGUGUAAAUUUACUCAGGUAACAAUUUUUGUCAAAACCAUAUAAUAUAGAUUUAGUUCAAAAUUUAAUGGAUUUAAUUACGUGUUUAUGCUUUUUCAAUAUCAAUCAAAGUUUGUAUUUUGUUACAUUUGACUUAAAGAUUUACAGUCUAAACAGUAUUUAUUGUGUAAAAUGAACUGAAAGAUUUUACAUUUACUUACCUAUGUUCCACAUUUGUUGUUCAUAUGAAACUUUGUAAUAAGUAUUAACA